UAUGAGAAACAAAAUCCAAAGACCGACAUAGCUACUUCUUGAAUACCACCAACUCACCAUGGAGCCGCCUGCCUGCCAUACCUUGUUACUGCAGCCAGCAGACAUGCACAGGGCACAUAUAGUAAUCUUGGAUCCUCCGAUGGUAAAUGUACAAUUCUCAAGGCUUACUAUUGAUCUUAUUAUCCAUCUAUGACUUGUGUUCCCCUGCUGGAAUGAACCUCUUUUGACGUGCUUCGAUUCCAUUGUGGACAGUUUUACGAGUAAAUACUAUGGUCAAGUACUCGUGGUAACCUCGUGUCACCUACCUCUCCGAAUUCUACUCCUCACCUGCUUCAGUCAUGUCGAGCACCACCAUGUUCCGGCUUAUACUCAUAAUCCUUUGGGGCCUCCAGAAAUUCGCAGUAGCUUUGCAGGUGACGCCAGGGUCGCCAUGUGCUGCUCUAUGCCUCAACGACCCAAAAUCAGAUACUCAAGACCCAGGGUCCUCCUUUACGAAUGCAGCAGACAUCUCCUGCACAGAUCAUGACUAUCAAUCAUCAAGCAAGGGUAUAAAAUUCAAAAAUUGCAUGGAAUGCCUCCAGAACAGUAAUGCCGUUAGCGGCGACGAGAACGACAUGAAUUGGUUUUUAUACAACCUCAGAUAUUCCGUGGAUGUGUGCGUUUAUGGAUUUCCAAAUAUCACAAAGGCGGUCUCGUCACCUUGUGACAUUGACUAUGCCUGUCAACCCCUGAAAAAGGCCCUCGAAGACGACGAAUUGAAUCCUGAUAUUGCAGCCGAGUAUGGGUACUGCGAUGCGGAUGGAGGAAAGUUCGCCGGAAGCCAAGUUGAUUCAUGCAUACAAUGUUUCCAGAGUAGCACGAAUCAGGCGUACCUGGCCAACUUCUUCACGGCACUCAAAGCUGGUUGCCAACAACGACCACAGUCAGGGGCUCUCAUCGGCUUGAGUGGCUCCUUAUUUACGAAACUUCAUGUCAACAUCACAGCACCGCCUAGAAACGACACCUCGGCCGUGGACACUGGUACGGGGGCGACAGCGAUGACGACCGGUGCGAUUGUUGGCAUUGCAGUAGGUGCUGGUCUCCUUUUCCUCGGCGGUACGGCGCUCUUUUGGGUCUACUAUCGCAAACAGAAGGACACGUACACCGACUUCAGUUCAGAGUACGACGCUCGCAGCGGAAGCAAGUCAAUCUCACCACCACUGCAGGGAGCCUUCUCUGCCAUGGACACAGAACAACAACUGAGCGAUUACGAGCUCAAAUCUCAGCAGGCAUACGUCAACAACGCAGAUUAUUACGAUAAAUACGAGAAGGAGUUACAAGGUCGCCGGCCAAUCUACGCCUUCAACCCCAACAAGCCAGGAUCUGGUCCUUCUGGCGCUUUGCCAACACAUCAUGCCUACCUUCCUCAAACUAUGAGCCGCAACUCAGAUAAAACUCGCGGCUCAACACCUGACCCGAACCCUAGACCUGUCAAGUCCAACAAACCUGACUCAUACGCCCUACAAGCCUACCUUAACGCCGCCGAAGAUGCAAAGGCAAGCGUACUUCCUGGGCCGCCUCCAGGCCCCCUACCAGCAGCCCAUGCACGAGGCAACUCUCUCAACCGAGGCUCCUUACCCCAUUCGAGCCACAACCGCUCAUCCAGCCGCCUGUCCAAUGGUUCAUCCUCAGACAAACCCGCCCAACUACGGCCGGCGCCCCUUCCACGCCAGGCUGCAUCCAAGAUACCGGCUCUGCAGCUCCCGUCAGUGCCGAGGAUACGCAUACCCAAGAAGUACCCGCCGCCCAAGAUUAAUAUCGAAGGCGCUACGCCUGUGGCCGACAAGGGUGACAUGCCCGUCAGGCUCGAGAUCUCCAAUCCUAUCAUCAGCCACGAGGAGAGAUUCGCUGAAAGGAGGCCUCGCACAGCCAGUCCACAGCGCAUUGUGGAGCAGAAGGUGGUGGAUCGAAGGGCGCCACGCUACAUUGAAGAGGUAAGCACGGGCAAAAGAGAGUUCAUGUUUGGAUAAAACUUGUGGAAUAAUAUCGAUAUGGUAAUUGUAAGUUGUAUUCGAUUGUUGUGGACAAUUUGGGUUCGGGACAUGGCGUGUGGACCGGCUUUGGGAUGGGCUCGGCUUUCAUAAGCAGGAUAUUUGUGAGAUGACAUGGAUGCGAUUAGUGGCUUCAGAAUAUGGU